GAAUUCACUGUAAGAAUAAUAAUUCAUCGCGACCGGUGAUUCUACGAAUUUGCUAUUCUCCGAAGGCUGCAUCGCGUUUCGUAUAAUUGCGUCAUCGUGCACGGACAAAGCGAAGCGUCAUUACGUAAAAAUGAAAUGUUUAAGAGCAGCUCGAAUGUUUGCAGAUCGAAGAGCGUGCGAUUGGUGUUUAUUUUAUUUUUGUUUGUUCCAGCACAUCGUCCGAUUUAUUGUGAGAUUACGAGCAUGGCCUACAAACGUAAUUUGAAUGGAUUUUUUUUCUUUUCCCAUUUUACUCACCGGAAUGUAUUUCGCAGUCGCUUCAUUCUACAAAGGAAUAAAAAGGAGGGUUGACCAACAUUAAAAACCAGAGAAAACGACAGCGUCCAAAAGCUUAUGCGAAUUUGCAACAGAGGCCAGUGAACCCCGUAUCGGGACGCCUCCUCUUUCGUCGAGACACGCGCUGGGAAAGCACUCGAACCAACGAGAUUUAUGUGCUCAAGGUCGUUGUCUUCGUUCAACUUAGUCAGGAUGAAUAACACAGAAGAAACUCGUGAAAGUCAGCGAUGACGAGAAACUUUUUCAAUCGUUCGUCAACCUUUUACCAACUUUAUGUAUCUUCUUCUCGAACCUUUUUUUCUUUUAAUAUUCACUCUUCUUUGCGUCAUGAAUAAUUUUUUCGUACCCAAUGAGAACACCGGCACGUCACGAGAUCGACGAAGCAACAUUGAUUCUCGAUUUGAAUAAUUGUUCAUGGAAAAUUUAUUCGUUACGAUUCGCUUUUUCCCCAUUUUUUUUUUUUUAUCACUUCCCACUGAAAAUGCAUUUUAUUACGCUGCCAUCACGAGACAGACUUUUGGCAAAUGAGGGUUUUUAACGCGACAAAAGUCUCCAUUCCCUCAGAUAAAAAUAAGUUUUUCUACCCUUUCGGGUUGUAAAAUAGCAAAUUGUUGAACAAAAAAUUAGCCGAGAUUAUCUUCCGAGAGUUGGACCUCUACCGAAAAAGCUCGAAUUUGUAAUUCAUCCCAUGUAAAAUGGAAUAAGAAAAAUUCUUGUACUUUUUUCGUAAACGAUUGUACGAAACUGUUAUUUCUUCAGCUUCGUAAAGCAUCGUUUUAAAAAAAUUUGAAGAAAACGAACGAUUUUGUGAACGGGAUUUGCAGCACGUUUUUCUUGGGGUCGAAGGAUGAAAAUUUAUCAAAGAAAAUUCUUGAAAAAGCGACGAGCUUGUUUGCAUCGGAAAAGCAUCGUUUGCGUAUUAGGAAAGUUGUUUGGGCGCAAAACACUUUCGAAGGUCCCCGGAGAUAAGAUUCGGCUAAAAGGAUUUUUAGGUCUUUGCCAAGGGUGAUAACGAUCGCUGCUGUAUCCGAAAAAAUGUUGAGUUGACACACACGAUGAAGUGACUCGUACGCAUUAACCCCUCCGAGUGUCCGAACGACGCAGAGCUCUCUCCCCCUCCCAAAAUAUAUAUAAUCGAAUCGGGAAUCCUCAACGCGAACAGUGCACUUUCCGAUUUCCAAGAUUGAGAUACGAGAUCGUUGAUAGUUUCAGGUUUAAAUGGUGCGAGCACGGGGAAGCGCGUACACUGUUCGUGGAAAGAGUUGACCGAAAAAAAGUGUCCUGCGAGACCGAAAUAGUGCCUUUUCGUACUCGUGCAAUUGGAAGCUUUUGGAAUUUCUUUAUUAUUGAAUUUGAGUGAUAAAGAGUGGGAACAAUGCGAGUUCGAUGUGCCACCAAAUUGUCACGCGUCCGUCCGCUCCUUCGGAUCUUUUCGACUCUCAUUUUGCACAGCCUGGUGCUGCUCGGUUCAGGAGAAUCUUCGCAGCUUCCAACGAGAGAAAAUUCCGAGAGGCCGGAAACGACGCUUUUGAAGUUUUUCUCCAGAUCGUUCGAGCCUCAGGACGGUACCGUCGGCCCCGAAUGCAUGAGAGACAGCAUUUUUUAUCGCAAUGCACUCGACAAUUACGAGCCUUGGGCAUUGCAGAUGUACGACGCAUCAACGAAAAUAGCGUCGGGUCUCGUGACGGGGAGUACGAAGCAACUGGGCAAUUACGACGAAUGUCUGAGAGUGAAGACCGAUUAUGGUUUCGUGGGCAAAGCUUGCAGCGCUAAGGUGCAAUUCGUCAUUUCACCCGACAACAGUAAUAACAACGACGAUGACGGCUUUAACAUGGAACAUUUGUUGUUGAACGUGGCGUUGGCCUCGGGUCUGAAAAACUGGACUUCCGGUUCUUCGGCUCCGUACGAAUGGUUGUGGUGCGUGCCGUCGAGUUGCAGCCCGCGUGACGUUGCCGAAACCAUUGAAAUUGGCUUGGACUCGCUCAAACGCCCUCCGAGAGUUGAUUUUUCAGUUGACGUCGGCAAUAAAUCGUGUCACACCCUACAAUCGGACCAUCUCGUCCUGGACAUUGCCGAUUGGCUUUACAUAUCUCUACUGAUCCUGUUUGGAAGCCUGGUCGCGAUCAGCACGUUGUACGAUUUGGUGAAGCAGAGCAAUCCGGAAAAACCGGCUUCGAAAGAAAUAAAGAGCGCGAUUCUCUGCUCCUUCUCUGCCUACACCAACGGCAAGGGCCUCCUCGACGUUCGGAGGGGCUCCGGAACGAUCCCGUGCUUGGAUGGUCUCCGAUUUUUCAGCAUUUGUUGGAUUGUUUACGGACACACGCAUUAUCUCAAAAUCGUUGGGGCCAAUCUCGACCUGUUAUCAGUCGCAACGUUGCACGAAAGGUGGGACAGUUUCUUGUUGCUCAACGGCAACAUCGCUACCGACACUUUUUUUCUCCUCAGCGGAAUCCUCCUCGCUUACACAGAGCUGAUGAAACAGGAAAAGUAUUUCGGUCGACAGAAACUCAACAUUUUCGGUCUCUACGCUCGACGCUAUCUCAGGUUGACACCAGCUUACGCCGUCAUAAUCGGUUUUUAUGCAACUUUGUUCUACAAAAUGGGGAGUGGCCCGUACUGGGACACGUGGAUCGAUAGCAACAGGAACUUUUGUCGUGAAAAUUGGUGGACCAAUCUUCUCUACGUCAACAAUUACGUCAACGUUCAAAAAAUGUGCAUGUCACAAUCUUGGUACUUAUCCGUGGACAUGCAGCUCGUGUGGAUCGCCCCGAUAUUUUUGUACCCGAUGUUAAAGCCCGGCAGAAAGAGCCAACUGAUAUUUUUGACACUUUUGUCAAGCGCAUUCCUCGCCUCGAUUCUCGCACCGCUUUUCAUAACUUAUUUCAACGAGCUUACGGGCACGAUGAUUUAUUACAAAAAGCAGCUGGACGUGGCGAACGUUUAUCUCCAAAUUUACACGAGAGCUUACGCCAGAGCAGCUCCGUACUUACUGGGACUUGGAGUCGGAUAUUUGUUGAGAAAAAUCAAGCCCACGAACACGUCGAUCUCCACCUCGGUCGUCAUCGGUGGCUGGAUUUUUGCAAUCGUUGCCGGCCUCGCCGUCGUUUUUGGGCCUCGAGCAAUGUAUUUUCCAGAGCACGAGUACGACGCUCUCGAGGCAGCAUUUUACGCCGGAUUUCACCGGCCCGUCUUCGCUCUCGCUGUCAGCUGGAUCGUCGUCGCCAGCGUUUUCGAUCGUGCCGGACCUGUCGGAGCACUCUUGUCCUGGAGCGUUUGGGUCCCUCUCAGCAAACUGACGUACUCCAUUUAUUUGUCUCAUUACAUCAUCCUCCUGUACAAUAGCGCGAGCGUCAGAACUCCGGGAAAUUUGACGACGAUCGGCGUCGUGCAGGCAUUUUUCGGGAAUUUGGCAAUGACCGUGAUAAUCUCAGUGAUGCUGAGUCUGACGUUCGAGAUCCCAUUUAUUCGGUUGACGAGUUUGCUCUUCAAGAACGAUCGUCCAUUGCCAUCGGCGCCAUCGAAGCCGAUAAUUUCAGCGUUCGAAACGAGCGACUCGAUUCUGCAAAUAUAUCGUGCUUCGAACGAGGCGCCCUCGACGGUCUCGCGAACGUACGAGGAUUUGAUGGACCGUUACGACAAAGUUGAUUGCGCCGUUGACGGACGAUCGACGAGUCCAGGCGAGCCGAGUUCGUCCAGUGCUGCCAGCUUCGAAUUCAAUCUGUCGCGGAGUGACAACGACAUUUUCAUAACGUCCCAACAAAGAAGAGGCCACGCUACGAAAAACUCGGGAGGGAAAAGUCAUUUUAGUAAUUUAGGAUAUGAAGGAGACUAGUUUCCAAAAAAGACCUUACAAAUUUGAAAAAAAAAAGCAUUCGAAAGAUGCGACGAUUGAUUGAAAAUAGUUUGGGAAAACAAUUCAAAUACUUUCGUGCCUUUUUUUUCUGCAGUAGAAGAAACGGAUAACGACAGUUGACAAGCAUGACCGGACAACAGUCCAAAACUGGGACUGACGCGUGGCCGUUCACGCCAAAAGUACAAACUUUUGAACACUUUUUUACGAUUUUUUAUAAAAUAGGAUAGUCACUGAAGGACGAUUGUUUCAGCGUAGUGCAAAAUAAUCUGAAUAUCAUUUUGUAUUCAAUUUUUUUCUCGGUACUAACUUUAACGAUAAUUUAAGCCUUGAAAAACUCCAUAAGCUGUGAAUUUCGGAGGAAAGAGUAGCGCCAAUUUUUUACCGAGCGAUCCCAAUCGAUGAUUUUGUGCAGAAAUAAUGAAGAGUGCAUUGAAAAAAGGGAUCGCGAGUCGGAGGAUUAAAUCGUGGGAAUCCGAUUACGUAAUGACUUCCCCAAAGGGCGCUCGACGCUCGUUUUUUUCACAUUCGAUCGCUGGCUGCUCCUGCGAGUGCCAAAUCUUGUAGGAGACGCGUGCACGUGGACUCUCCAGGGACAGUAAACGUCGUGGGAAAAAGAGAGUCUUCGGGUUGUCGCGAUUGGGAGUUUCCUCGACUUUGAAGCGUUGGAAAAAGAAAAUGAAAAAAGAGAAAAAAAAAUCGUCAUUCGAAGGGGUUUUCAAUUAGUGAUCAACCGAGUUUAUAUUAUGAUUGACGUAACGAUAUGAAAAACAUGUAAAUAUAGAAAUAAAUGCGAUUUUAAUGAAAGAUGAAA